AUGAUGUACGAAGUGCAACCUUACGCGAAGACUGCAGCAUUCCUUACACGCUCCAGGACGAGCUCUGUUCAUGGAUUAAAAGAGGCAACACAUCAGCAGCAGACCACUACCAGGAAACACCAGACUACCACUGAAACUAGAAGGAAAUCCGCAAAACCUGCUGCUAUCUCAAUCAUGGAAAGCAACAAAACAACUCAAGCUGCACAAUCUGCGACAGAAUUUCCUGCUCAACUGGAAGAUCAGGCUUCUUGCCACUGCGAUCAUGGCUUCGCUGGACCACACUGCACUGUUAACAAAAGCAGCCUGAGUUGGCACUCUCCAAAGAAGGUCUCCAUUCUCUCUGCCUCUACAGCAAGCGUAUUAGUACUGUCAUCAAACGAAAUAUUAACGAUGGUAAUUAAAGGAGUUCUUCUCAUAUAUUUGCCAAACAUCGAACAAAGCCGAACUGUUCUCUGCAUUACUACUGUUGCUGGUGCGCUUCUGAUUAUUUCUUCAUUGGCGUAUGAGGAGAAGUAUUCUACAUUGACAUGGUAUGCCAUGCGAUUCUUGCCUGCACGUUAUUCGCCCUCGUUCGACUCAGUGACGAUGUUCACUCAGAAGGAAAUUUGCGAUGCGUUUGUGCAGGGAAAAAGUGCAGCGCCAAGCACCAAAGUUUUCAAGGCAAGGUACCGCCUUGGUGCCCCAGCUGAUCCG